AUGCAGUCUAUAUUGGACAAUGACUUGUACAAGUUCACCAUGCAGAACGCCGUUCUCGCUCUCUAUCCCAACAUUCAAGUCACCUACCGAUUCAAGAAUCGAAACCUCAAACAAGCCUUCACUAAGGAGGCGUUUGACAUUUUACAAGCUCGUGUUAAUGGUCUAUCAGAACUCGUUCUCCAUGCGGACGAAGAGGCAUGGAUGAAGACCAACCUCCCAUUCCCUGAAUCCUACUUCACGUAUUUAAAAAACUAUCGAUUUCACCCUGAAGAGCAUAUUGCCAUGACUCUUGGAUCUGACGGAGGUGUUAGUAUUGAUAUCACUGGUCUCUGGACAGAAACAAUCCUCUACGAGGUCCCCAUCCUCGCCCUAAUCUCCGAAACCUAUUUCGCUUACAUCGACACAGACUGGUCAUUUACAUCGCAACUUGAUCUCGCAAACACCAAAAUAUCUAGACUCGUAGCAUCCAAGAUUGUCUUCUCAGAUUUCGGGACACGGAGACGCCGAAACUUUGAGACUCAGAAUCAGUUUGAUGCGUGUUUGAAAGAGGCUAUACAGAAACAUGGUGCUGGCUGUGGUAUUCAGGGGACUAGUAAUGUGUAUUUGGCGUACAAGCAUGGGUUGAAACCUAUUGGGACUAUGGCUCAUGAGUGGAUUAUGGCUGCUAGUGCCCUCGUAGCAAAAAACGACAUUGCACAUUCAAACCGUGCUGCCCUCGAAACAUGGCGACAAGUCUACCCCAAAGAUUUUGGAAUAGCCCUUACGGACACAUACGGAACAGACGUAUUCUUUGCUGAUUUCUCACCAGAGCUAACACGAGAUUUCGACGGUGUACGCCAAGAUUCGGGAAACCCCAAAGUAUUCGUUGAUGCCUUCGUAGCACAUUGUGCACGUGUUGGUGUGGAUGUUGGCAGUAAGGUGGUCGUGUUUAGUGAUAAUUUGAAUGUUGAUUACUGUUUAGAGUUGGAAGAAUAUUGUCAAAAGAAGGGAGUCGUAGCUCGUUAUGGAAUAGGAACGCAUUUCACGAAUGAUUAUAAGAAAGCUUCGAGUCCCUCUGAGAAGAGUGCUGCUAUGAAUAUCGUUAUGAAGUUGCAUGAGGUAGACGGAAUCAAAGUCAUAAAGCUCUCUGAUGACGCAUCCAAACAUACUGGAGAUGCAGAAGCUCUCGCCAAAGUAUUGGAUGCUAUAGCUGCCAUGAAGAAAUGA